CUUGACCUUGCACGAGCUAUCAUAUCGAAUAAAUAUAAGCAAGAUGCUCGGCUUCAUCCUUUUUGAUAUAUAUAUCUCUACUGCUCGUCCUCCUCCACAACCAGCCUGACCACGGAUCUGAAUUGUAUUCAUAUCAACACUAAUAUAAUAUACAACGACAGAGAGUUUCUUCUUUAUGGCUUGCACGGCUAUACAACCACCAUCACUCUCAUCGUCACUGUCGACCCUGCUAUCAGCAGCAUCAUAUACCAGCAGCAUCAGCAACAGCAACAACCAACAGAACCUCGACUCACGGAGCUACCAGACCAAGAUGUGGCGAGGCUACGGCUUUGGCAGCAGUGCUGCAUCCUCUCCAGUCUCACCACCAUCGUCUUUCCCACAGCCAGCUCCUCCACCACCAUCGCCAUGCGACGGGUUGCUCGACAUCUACCCUCGCAAGACAUCCUUCUCAACCAUCUCGGGAAGCAACACCUCCUGUGCCUUCCCCUCGUGGCCCAACCGAUCAUCUCUCUACUCUGGCUCCGAGGACGACAGCCACGGCUCUGCCUCGGCCUAUCUCUCUGACGAGGACCUGUUCCCGAUCUCAUCUACUUCCUCUUCAUCCAACCCGAUGCUGGCAGCCAUGGAGACCCCCUUCGGAAGCGAUAGCUUCGACGACAACGAAAACGCCAUCAUCGGAAACCCCGAGCUGACCACCGAGGAGCAGAUCCGACACAUGAACGAAACCGAGGACUGGCGCAUGAGACAGUACGUCCAGGCCCAGGCUCAGGCUCGCGCUCUCCAGGCUCUCCGGGCCGCUCAGCUGGCAGCCGUGGAGCAUGCGCAGGCUAGCAGACAGCGCAAGAAGCGCGCAUCGGGAUCGAGCAGCAAGAAGCGACGAGCUCACCGUGGAUCUGCCGCGGUUGCCGCUACCAGUGGCGGAAGCAGCUCUUCCUCAACCUCGGCUUCUUCCAAGCAUUAGGAUCACCGCCUAUUAUUAUUAUCGUUAUCUACCUUCUCCUUUGUCAGCUCAUAUGAUACCAACGAGUCUACGAAAGCACAUGCACAACAACAGCAGCAGCAGCUCUCAUCACCAGCAACAUCACCGUCACCGUCACCAUCCCACCGGCAGCCAACAAAAAAAAAACAGACUUCCAGAUGAGUCACUCCCCCAGGGCUUCGGAGCGAUGGUGGAUGCCCAAGGCUCAGCGAGUUAGGCGCGUUCGGUGGUUUUCUUUUCUUUUGCCUUACACACUUUCGACCUUUUGUGUCUAUUUUUUUUUUUACCUUCGACUGUUGGGCAUGGUAUGGAAGUGCACAUCCUGGUGAUUGGCCGGCAGGGAGGUUUCACCGCUUCACCUUCACCCGACGAGGCCCGAUCAUGACCACUCCAGGGCUGCUGUCACCGUCACCUUCGCCGCCAAAAGGCCAACAAACUUCUUCAGAGCGGCUUCGAGUCAUCGUCAUCGGAUCCCUCAGCAGCCUCCGUCAUCCCCAGCAUCGCCCGCUUCUUCGUCUUCUUCGUCUGCUGCGUCGCUUCCCGUCAGCCGCGAUAAAAAUAGCCCAUGAGGUCCCGAGGCUGACUUGGGAGGGGACUUGCUUAUGUCAUCAGCCUCUCUCGUCGGCUGCUGUCUGCACGUGGUCCAGGUCACGGGGUUGCCUUGCUUAGUCACCCCCUCACCGCCUCCUUCCUCUUCCUCUUUCCUUCUUUCCGCGCGCAGCCUUGUUUAUCCCCUUUUGGCGCCCUUUUUUGAUACCCAAAGCCUGUUUUUCUUCAUACGAGAUACCCGGACUUUUAUUUUUUGAUAUUUUGACCAUUAGCCAUUCAAGCCCUUUUUAAUGUGUGUGUAUUUUGUGGUUUACUUUUUUAUUUCCUUUGUUGGAUUCCCUUUGUCAUAGCGAUAUAUACCCUUGAGCGUUGAGCGAUACCAUCAUCAUCAUCAUAGUUAGCAAGCAAAUCUAGUCUUUAGCUCCCCUUUAGUUAUUAGUAAUUCAAAACAAGUCAUAAGUCAUACAAAACACCGGUCAGCUUCCUCUUCCAGCUCCCUUAUUCCUCCUUCUCCAUGCAUCUCCGGCCUUGAUUGUUGUGUAAGCCUGGGAAGCGAGAGCGCAUGGCCAGGGUUGUACCAUGGAUCGGAUCUUCCGGACGGCGGUGAGAUGGGGGGAGGAAAGUCCUCCGUACAUACUCCAUACUUACCUUACUCCUUACAUACACACUUUCCGAUCAUUAUAUGAUUAACUUCAAGAUUAAUAAUGACAAGAUCGUAAGGGUGCAUGGCACUUGAUCGGUGAAGCAAAAGUCUUGUCCUUUCUUCUUGACGCCUGCUCUGGUCCCCAAACAUCGGUGAAACUCGCAUGAGAUCAGUGAGAGACCAGGAAAACUAGCCAAAGUAACUCUCCAAAUCGAGUCGACGAACCAGUCA